GUUCAGAGUCUGGAAAACCUGGAAUCUUGUUGUGAACAGAAACAGUUAUAAUGACCUUGUAACCAUCACACUGGAGGUUCUGUACUACUAGCAUAGUGCAAAUAUUACCAAGCUCAUACAUAGCAGAACCACAGUGUCAAUCACCAUGAAUAAUUCUCCUCACACAUUUUCAGACACAGAGCCCAUUAGUCCAACACGUUUUCAGGUCAGUGUAGUAAAUGAAGGCUACGACAACCCUGCUUGUGAAGGAGAUAAAGACCCACCGCAGUACGAGGAAACAUCUUUUUCUGGUGAAGACAGCGGCCACAGAAUGAAUUAUGGGCCAGGGAAUAGGGAGAUAUUUAACAAUAUCCUACACAGUGGAGAUACCAUUAAGACAGAGGCAGGUUUCCAUCCUUAUGAUACUCACAGUCACACAUACUACUUGAAAACAUUUGGACACAACACGAUGGAUGCCGUUCCCAAGAUUGAUUAUUACAGAAAUACUGGCAGUGUCUCGGGCAUAAAGAAAAGUCGCCCAAGUCUGGCAGAAAUCCAUGAACAGCAGUCAAAGGAUGUAGCAGUGGCCCCUGGAUCAGUUUCCAAUGGAGAAGGUGCCAUAAAUGAUGAAGAGCAGAAUGAAGAAGAACAAAAGGGUGGAUUUGUAAAGUUUGGAUGGAUAAAAGGUGUACUGGUCAGAUGCAUGUUAAACAUAUGGGGUGUGAUGCUUUUUAUUCGCCUCUCAUGGAUUGUAGGUCAAGCUGGAAUCGGUCUUGGUGUCAUUAUCAUCGGGUUAGCUGUGACAGUAACUUCUAUAACUGGCCUGUCCACCUCUGCAAUUGCCACAAAUGGAUGUGUCAGAGGAGGUGGGGCAUAUUAUCUCAUAUCAAGAAGUCUAGGGCCGGAGUUUGGUGGAUCUAUAGGACUUAUCUUUGCCUUUGCCAACGCUGUGGCUGUUGCUAUGUAUGUGGUCGGAUUUUCAGAAACUGUUGUGGAGCUCCUUAAAGACAAUAAUGCAAUUAUGGUGGAUGAAACAAAUGACAUCAGGAUUGUAGGUACAAUAACAGUUAUGCUAUUGCUUGGCAUCUCUGUCGCUGGCAUGGAGUGGGAGGCAAAGGCUCAGGUUCUUCUGCUGAUCAUACUGCUCAUUGCCAUUGCCAACUUCUUCAUCGGAACCGUUAUUCCUACUACAGAGGAAAAGAGGUCACGAGGAUUCUUUAAUUACCAAGCUGCAAUAUUUGCUGAAAACUUUGGACCGGACUUCAGGAGUGGAGAAGGCUUCUUCUCUGUUUUUGCUAUUUUUUUCCCGGCAGCUACUGGAAUUCUGGCUGGAGCAAAUAUUUCAGGAGACUUGAAGGAUCCUCAAGGCGCUAUACCCAAGGGAACCAUGCUUGCCAUCAUUAUCACAACUAUUGCAUAUCUGGCGGUAGCUAUAUGUGCAGCUGCAUCAGUCGUUCGUGACGCCACCGGGAGCAUCAAUGACACAAUCACAUCUGCCAUGAGCUGCAAUGGGUCCGCCGCCUGCCAACUCGGCUAUGAUUUCUCUGUUUGUGACACUCAGAAAUGUAACUUUGGGCUGAUGAAUAACAUGCAGGUGAUGAGUAUGGUUUCUGGAUUUGGCCCUCUGAUUAUUGCUGGAAUUUUUUCGGCCACUCUUUCUUCGGCAUUGGCCUCUCUAGUUAGCGCUCCCAAAGUAUUUCAGGCUCUCUGCAAGGAUAACAUUUACACAGCACUUCACUUUUUCGCUAAAGGACACGGGAAAAACAACGAGCCUAUCAGAGGAUACGUUCUUACCUUUGUGAUUGCAGUGGCCUUUAUCCUGAUUGCUGAGCUGAAUACCAUUGCCCCCAUCAUCUCUAAUUUUUUCUUAGCCUCUUAUGCUCUGAUCAAUUUCUCCUGCUUCCAUGCUUCAUAUGCAAAAUCUCCAGGGUGGCGACCUGCAUUUAAAUAUUACAACAUGUGGGUGUCUUUGUUUGGAGCCAUGCUCUGUUGUGGUGUGAUGUUCGUCAUCAACUGGUGGGCAGCUGUCAUCACAUAUGGCAUAGAGCUUUUUCUGUAUAUUUAUGUGACAUACAAGAAACCAGAUGUAAAUUGGGGAUCUUCAACUCAGGCUCUUUACUACACAAAUGCUUUAAACACUGCCUUGGAAUUAAACACCAUAGAAGAGCAUGUGAAAAAUUUCAGACCUCAGUGCUUGGUUUUAACUGGUGCACCAAUGACAAGACCAGCACUUUUGGAUAUUACGCAUUCCUUCACCAAAAACAUAGGAGUCUGUAUUUGCUGUGAAGUGUUUUCUGGACCACGCAAACAGGCUGUAAAAGAAAUGAACAGCGGGAUGAUCAAGAAGCAGACAUGGUUAACUAAACGCAAGAGAAAAGCAUUUUAUGCUGGCGUUGCUGCCGAUACUUUCAGAGAUGGAGCAAGAACACUCCUGCAGGCGGCUGGUUUGGGCAGAAUGAAACCAAAUACCCUUGUGAUGGGAUUCAAGAAAGACUGGAGACAGGCCAGCGCUGUGGACCUGGCAAACUAUGUGGGAUUAAUACACGAUGCUUUUGAUUUUGAAUAUGGAGUUGUAAUUAUGAGGAUCAGCCAGGGCUUUGACAUCUCGGCCAUUCUUCAAGCUCAAGAGGAAUCCAAGAGAUUGGAACAAGAAAGACUGGCCCUGGAAGCUGCAAUUAAAAGCAGUGAAUGUCAAGAUGGGAAUAACAAAUUCCGACGAUUCUUCAGUAAAUCCUCCAAGUUAAAUCUCACAUCUAACCCUUCUAAAAAAGAUGUCAACACUCUUCCAACAAUGCCAGUUGGUGAAUACAACCAAAAACUUGUAGAAGCUAGUGAGCAGUUUAAGAAGAGGCAAGGCAAAGGCACAAUUGAUGUGUGGUGGCUUUUUGAUGAUGGCGGUUUGACUCUUCUUAUUCCACAUAUUCUGACCCUCAGAAAGAAAUGGAAGGACUGUAAACUGAGAAUUUUUAUUGGAGGAAAAGUGAAUCGUAUUGAAGAUGAAAAACUAAUGAUGGCAUCACUUCUGAGUAAAUUCCGCAUCAAAUUUGCAGAUAUAUACAUUGUUUCAGACAUUAAUACGAAGCCAAGUAAAGAAAGCUGGAAGUUUUUUGAAGAGAUGAUUGAACCCUACAGACUCAAUGAAAGUGCCAAAGAUGUACCCACUGCUGAGAAAAUAAGAAGAGAAAACCCAUGGAAAAUAACUGAUUCUGAGAUUGAAAUGUUCAGAGAGAAGAGUUACAGACAAGUAAGGCUUAAUGAACUUCUACAAGAACAUUCUCGAUCUGCAAACCUCAUUCUUUUGAGCCUUCCAGUUGCAAGAAAAGGAACCGUAUCAGACCACCUUUAUAUGGCAUGGGUGGAAAUUCUCUCAAAAAAUCUUCCCCCUGUGCUACUGGUUAGAGGAAAUCACAAGAGUGUACUAACUUUCUAUUCUUAACACUAAAACUGCACCUCUCUUCAUAUUAGCGUGCAGAUUCACCUUUAUUCAAAGUAUCUAACUAGAUCUCUAAAAUGUUAACUCUAAGGUAAAGCCAAAAAAGAAAAUAAUGAUCUUAAGAGUGCAUCAAAUUUAAUAUAAGGUUCUAUAUGUACCUCUACUGAAUUGAUGAGACUGACUAAUAUGAUCAUCAAAACCAAAAUUUGUUUUGAAAGAGCAAAUUAGCAUUGUUAAAUUUUAAUAAUCUACUGGUAAAAAUUAGCAAAUUGAUCAUAUAUUUUGACUGCAUUCUUCUAUUACAUGUAAAUGUUUUAAUAAAAGAUCAGCUUUCCUUAAUAGCAUAAUAUAUCAGAUGUAAACUGCGUACUAUAUUUUAUAUUUUUAUGGUACACUAGCUAUAUAUAUUUCUAUGAGGAUGU